AUGUUCAAGAAAUUUACUCUUUUUUCUGUUUCAGGGAAGAGAACUCAAGAAUGCAUAUGUGUAGGCAUCUGCUUGACUCUGAUGGCGGUGAACUUUGUUUUCAUUUUAUUCCACAUAAAACUAGAAAAAUUAAGUACCAUCCUGGUGGCUGCAUUCUGUGGAAUAGUCACUGCAGACUUCGGAUCUGGAUUAGUCCAUUGGGCAGCUGACACGUGGGGCUCUGUGGAGCUUCCCAUCAUAGGAAAGAAUUUCUUGCGACCAUUCCGUGAACAUCACAUCGAUCCAACAUCCAUAACCCGUCACGACUUCAUCGAAACUAAUGGUGAUAACUUCAUGGUAACGAUACCAUUCCUAGGGCGCAUGGUAUGGGAUUUCAUCAGCUUAUCCAAAGAAGACGUCGAGAAUAAGUUUACAUGGAACUGUUACGUAUUCCUUUUAGCUAUUUUCGUAGCCAUGACCAAUCAGAUCCACAAAUGGUCCCACACGUAUUUCGGCCUGCCCAGCUGGGUGAUAUUCCUCCAGGAGUGCCGCAUAAUUUUACCUCGUCGCCAUCAUCGCAUUCACCACGUCGCACCUCACGAGACAUACUUUUGCAUCACUACCGGAUGGUUGAACUGGCCUUUGGAGAAGUUGCGAUUUUGGAGUGCCUUAGAGAUAAUAAUUGAGACAUUAACCGGUUACAAACCCCGCGCCGACGAUUUGAAAUGGGCAAAGAAGGGGACGUGAUAUAUUUUGUGGCCGAUGUUGAAUUCAGUGUUCUAGUGCACCAAUAAUAAUUGUAGUCACUCAGGUCAGACACGCUUCACGAGAUAAUGCUUACUGUGAAGCUUGGAACAUUUUUUUACUACAAACAGAAUCAUCUAUGCCAUAUUUUUUUUAGUAAAUAUUUAUUACACUAUGAGUGCGAAACUCGCACUGAACAUAUUUUUUUUAUAUGAAAGGAAUAUGUAUUAUUCCGUUAUGUAUUUUUUACUAGAGUAAUUGUAGUAUGACUCAGAACUAAAUGCUCGGAUCUUUUUGCCGAGAACAUAAUUCAUUUUUAGAACAGUCUUGUUUUCGAAUUAAAGAGAAAACGUCAUUUGUUUGCAGCUAUAAACUAGUUAAUUUUCAUAAAUACUGCCUGUAACUAUUUUGGACUAAACAAAAUGUCCAACAUUUCAGUUGUUUCAAAUAUAACUGUUAUUAAUUCAUGACUAAAUGACUAAUUUGAAACGUGAACAAUAGAAUUGAUAAAAUCAAUGUGAAAACAUGUACAAAGGACCUUAAGAGCCUAUUCAAAGCUUUCGUGUUAAGCUAUUAAUUAAACAUAUUCAGAGCGUAGCGCCAUUUGUCAUUCCCACUAGCGUUUUCCUUAGGAACUAAGGACGUGAUUUUGAGCUGGACAUAGACAAUUGAGAAAAAAGUGUUUAAAUUGGUAUAUGUUUUCUAUCCUCAUACUGAUAGAUGGCGCUGUUGUGCAAAGAAUUUCAUAAGUAUCGGGAAUAAAAUAUGUGAAGGUAUCAUAUAGAAAAUAGAAACCAGUUGGGAUGUUAAAUAGCGCUACCUGUAUAGAAAUUAAUUGUUGCAAUGUGAUAUAAAAUGACGAGAAAUAAUUUAUCAAUUUAAAUAAAUUUAGAAACGUAAUAAUAAGUACAAAAGAAAUACACUCUAGGAUUAAAAUAUAUGUAGGCAUAUUUAUAGAUUUAAAUGUGUAUUGCCCCAGUAUAAUACAAAUCAAUAUACAGGGUCGGAAAGUCCCCAUGGUUCAUCGGCCGUUACGUGAGAGCG